AUGUCCAAUCAAAAUCCCUCCUCCAUUCUAAAGCUAUUCGGGUUUCCGUUGGUGGAUCACGACGACGUUAAGCCGGAGAGAUCCGACGGCACCAACUCCGACGACGACAGGAAAUUCCGGUGCCAAUUCUGCCGCCGCGUUUUCGCCAACUCCCAGGCCCUCGGCGGCCACCAGAAUGCCCACAAGAGAGAGCGCCAAAGGGCCAAGCGCGCCCUCUAUUUCCACACCGCCCACGCACUCCGAUCGCCGCCGUCUCCGCCGCCUCCGCCGCAGCCGCUUUACUCCAGAGUGUUCGCGCCCAACAUUGACGUCGUCGGCGGCGGCGGCGGGGUUGGUGCUUCUUCUAGAUUUCUGCCCCGGAUCAGUAACGGCUACUUUGCGGCGGCGUACGGCAGCGUGUCGGCGUCUUCGGGGCGGUGGAUAUUUGGGAAUUCGGGUGAAAAGGGAUCGUCAGAUCAUGUGGGGGUUGUUGAUCUUCAUCUUAAACUUUCACCGUCGUCUGGUUAA